UUGACAGCUGAGUGGGAAAGAAGAAAGAAAGCGUGAGUGACAAUAGCAUUGUGUUCCUGAUAGUACAACACAAAGUCUCUGAAAAAUAUUCUUUAAAAGCAAUGGAUGCUGAACGACAGUCUUCUUGAUUGGCUGGUAUCAUUGACAGGAAUAACUCGUAUUAAAGAUUUGGGGUUUAAAAAGAAGCAAGAUCUGUAGUGAGAAGAUAGUAAAUCAGGUCAAGGUUGUCAACAAGGGGAGGUAACCACUGAUCAGCUUUUCAAGGAAUGGAUAGAGUGCAUGACUCUGUGGCAUGGUACCAAAAGAAGAUAGGAUCAUACGACAAACAUAUUUGGGAACAGUCUUCUGAACAGAAGAUCUUAAGGAGUAUACAGCUUGCUCCGCGAAGAAGUGUCCGUCAAAAAAUAGAACUCAUCGACGUUGAUCUUGUUCGAGGUUCAACAUUUUCCAGAGCCAAACCACAGGUGUCAUGGACAAAUAUAACCCUCAAGGCCAUUGUGAAAGUGGUCUUUUUUCCUCUUUAUUACAAAUGGUGGCUACAACAGAUGCCAGUAGAGAUGUUUGUGUUCCUGAUGGUGCUGUUUGUCAUGCAGAUCAUCAGUCUGUUCAUCUUCUUCAGGAAUGUUGGAGGCAGCAUAAUGAAAGAUGAGCAGACGCUGUCCGAGGUUGUGAUCCCUGCCAUACUAAUGUUGAUCCUAGGUCAAAUACAUUCCCAAACCGUCCUGUCCCAUUGCUCCCAUCGAUCUCAACACCGGGACAACAAACUGGCACGCAAGUCCUCCACGGGGCUCAUCAGGGAAUCCAAGAUCAGAAACACCAAAAUAUCGGAGGUAAAACGUAGUUUUUCUGUUCCAAGUCAAACAGUAGGAACAAUAUAUGAAAAUGUUCCACAGAAUUCCAGCGCAGACCUAAGCCAAACACCGAAACACAACAGAAAACCUGCGACAGAUAGACUUGUUUCCCACAGUAAAGUGGAUGUAAAAAAACAGAACGGUUCUGUAGAUAAAGCGAAAAAACAAACUUUUCCAGAUAAAUUAGGUACAAUCAUAAAAACUGGAGCAAACAUCACGGAACACAAAUCGGUGAGCUGGAGCGACGCCUACUGUGUGAAAACAUCGCACAUUGGUGGACACGAAAGUCCGGACACUGACGCACGUACUGACGAAGAGGACUAUCCAACGGAGGAGAAGGGAAUCUCGGAAAAAGAACCAGGAUCAGAAGAUGAAACAGAAAAUUUGGUGAAGUGUUCAAGAAAAAAUCUCAACAGUCCCGAAGUUGUGGGGAGUUUAGAAAAUGGUCUCAGUAAUGAAAUCUCGGUGAAAAAACAGAAUGGAUUAGACAGUGUUGAAGUUGUGGAAAAGGACUUCAGUAUACAGGAAGUAGUUACAGCUUGUGUUGAUUUCAAGGCAAAAAUAAAGGAAAACAGUACUGAAUCGUACAAUACAGGCCAGUACGUAAAUAAUGGAAUUAAAAGAGAAAUCCACGACUCUACACUAACAGAGGAACACAAAAGAGUUGGAGAAACAUGUGGAAACCUGACUUCAGUUCUUAGACCCUCUAAGCAUGGCCCUGUGAGUAACGGCCAGAUUUUGACUUCCGGAAAAAGUCCUCCAGUACCUACCGACAUUUGUUUACCAGACUCGGCAGAUGGUAAUCAAAUCUUGCCCGAGAAAAAUGCCUCCAAAUGUCGCAGUGUUGUGAAUGGUGCCAAAAUCUUGCUCAAGCAUUCUUUGACUUCAUUUUCUAACGGCAGUGACGAUGUGUUUGUUGAUAAUACCAAUGAUGUUUUAAAAAAUAACUUAGAUGAUGAAAAUGCAAGCGACUGUAGUCCCCAAGAUACAGAGUCUGUGUGCAACUCUAGUCAUGGCAGUGUGGAAUCAGGUUCAAUGAAACGUUUCAUAUCGUCGCCCAUAAUAAAUACAAGCAGAACCCGGUGUGAAACGGGUUCAGAUUCAGAUGAUCCUCGCGACAAGGCGAUAUCUUACAAGGGUCUGCGGAGGAGGAAAAACACCAGCCUGCAGGAAGAUUGUCAGGAAUCCAAUACCUCAAUCUUCCGAUCUCGACGUCCACCAUCUUCUCUCAACAUGAAGACCAGGGAGAGCAAGGGUAGCACUGGGAUCAGUUCUUCUGAAGGAGAAACUGUCUACACUCCAGAUGGUAGCAAGGCUGGAGCGAGUUCUGAAGCGGAAUGGGAGGAUCGUGUACAGUCUGACAUUACCACCUCGACUUACUCAAGCAGCUCGGCCUCGGACAACGACAUCUCCGAGAAUGACACACAUGAGGUCAUCGAGGAAUCAACCACUGAUCCCAGCCUGCCACCAAGUGCCAGCCCGUCCGUCAUAGCAAGCGAAAGAACGGCCAAAGUUACAAGCAGUUUGCAUGUAAUUAAUCUUCUACAGCCUGGAAACUAUCCUUCGUUGAGGGCUCGAUCGCGCAGUUGUUCUGUGACCAGCGGAGGCUAUAGAGGGCCGUCAGAACACCCGACGAGUACGACCUCGGUGAGUCCACCUCCAGAUAAAGUGAGUUGCUUGAUCUGGGAAGACAAAGAAUGUAAGAAAGUGGAGUUAACCGCCCUAGAUAUUGGCUGGACGAUUAUUGAGAAAGUGGACAAUAUUCCAGAGAGUUCCGAUUACCUAUGGAUUGGUCUGAGUUUCUCCCUGUUUCAGGGCAUCGUGCCGUUGAUAUUCCGACUGUACCAUGCCAAAGAGUUCCCAGACUUUCUCACCACAGAUGGCCUGUUACGCAUAUCGUUGCUGUUUAUUUCUAAUUCCUGGAGAAUUAACCUUAUAAUGGUGAACGGUAUGAUUCAGAGGCUGUGCCUUGGGGGCAUUUUUUUCUUCCUCCUCUCAGUAGCUGAUAGAACCUUUAAACAGCGUCUGCUGUACGCCAAACACUUCUGUUACCUGACCUCGUCACGACGAGCGAAGAAGUUUGAUAUGCCUCACUUCCGUUUAAAUAAAGUCAGAAAUAUCAAAAUCUGGCUGUCCUUGCGAUCCUAUCUCAAGAAACGAGGUCCACAGCGAUCGGUGGAUAUUAUUGUAUCUGUGACGUUCCUGUUGACAAUUAUUAUACUUACCUUGAUGUGCCUUCAGCUGUUGAAGGACACAGACACAUAUCUGGAUUUCCUGUGUAACUGGGAGCUUCUUGUAUGGUGUAUGGCCCUCGGCGUGUACCUACUCCGCUUCAUGACCCUCGGACUCAAGAUCAAUAAGAAAUACCGCAACCUGUCAGUACUCAUCACAGAGCAGAUUAACCUGUAUUUACAGAUGGAACAGAAACCACACAAAAAGGAGGAGCUCAUGGUGGCCAAUAACGUCCUCAAAUUAGCCGAGGACCUCCUCAAGGAGCUGGAGAGUCCCUUCAAAAUCUCGGGUGUCUCGGCCAACCCUGUCAUAUACAAUGUAACCAAGGUCGUUGUCCUGUCAGCAUUCUCUGCUGUCCUAACAGAACUCCUGGGAUUCAAGAUGAAGCUCUACAAGAUCAAACUCAGGGCAUAAUACAUACGAGGCCUUCAAAGUCUAUUCAUAUGUUUCUUUUGGCGUAUAACACUAACCUAUUGCUGUGGUGAUUCCAACCCCUGUUGCCUUGAUAAUACUAAGACAUGUUGCCAUAAUGACACUAAGACAUGUUUUCUUGGUAAUGCUCAUGCAUAUUGCCUUGGUAACACUACAAAACAUGUUGCUUUGCUUAUGCUAAUACAUAUUGUCUUGAUAGUGCAUUAAAUUAUGUUGCCUUGGUAACACAGAAAGACAUGUUGCCUUGGUAACACAGUAAGAAGUGUUGCCUUGGUAACACAGUAAGACGUGUUGCCUUGGUAACACAGUAAGACAUGUUGCCUUGAUAAGAUAUUAAGAUAUGUUGCCUUGCUAAGAUAUUAAGACAUGUUGCCUUGGUAACACAGUAAGACAUGUUGCCUUAGUAAGGCAGUAAGAUAUGUUGCCUUGGUAACACAGUAAAAAAUGUUGCAUUUGUAACACAGUAAGACAUGUUGCCUUAGUAAGACAGUAAGAUAUGUUGCCUUAGUAAGACAGUAAAAUAUGUUACCUUGGUAACACAGUAAAAUAUGUUGCCUUGUUAACACAGUAAGACAUGUUGCCUUGGUAACAUAGUAAGACAUGUUGCCUUGGUAAGAUAUUAAGACAUGUUGCCUUGGUGACAUAUUAAGACUGAGUAAGAUAUGUUGUGUUUGCAACAUUAAAGAUUGAUACAAAUCUUUAAUAGCAAUAUAUCCACAAAUCUUUCUAAUUUGGAAAGAAAAAUCAAAUCAGAAACCUCCGGGUAUUCAGCUCAGCAUAUAUAUAUGUUUGGUAUGUGUACAGGGACCUACUUGUAUAUUCUGAGAUGAAUCCCGUUGAUGACAAUAGAAGGAACAUUUGUACAUGUCCAUAUUUAAGUUAUAACUUUACACUUUUUGAUAACAACGUUUAAAUACAUAUAGAACUACAGUUCAUAAUUCACAACUUCAAUACUUAACUGUUGAUGUUGACCUUACUGCAGAAGUGAUAAGCAUUCUUGGUUGUGUAACAUUUAAAAAUUGUAAAAAGAGUAGAGUCUGUCAACAUAUGAGUUUGUGUUAAACAUUUUUCAUUGAAAAUUCUAAAAUUCUACUUAGGCUGCUUCUGAAUCAAUGGGUGGACAACUCCACAGGACACCCACCAUCCCCCCGAGACAGCUGUAUAUAUAUAUACAAGGCAUUAGGUAUGUUGUAUUGAGUCAUGUUAUACUGUAGAACCUCGUUAUAAUGCCCAUUGUGUAUAGCAUUGCAUCGUACAUAUGUACACACUUCAUAUUUAGAGGAAAUCAUUAGAUGAUGCAUUUUUUUUCUGCAUCCUCACCGGUUAUAUCAUAAUCACAUGGAGGUCGUUGAUUCGUAGUAUUGACUCGGUGUUACUAUUUUAAGAAACACUUUGAUUGUAGCGUCACAAUACACUCUGCAAAACUCAAUAUAAUUUAUAAUCCAUUUUUCUCUUACGUUCCCUCUUGUUUCAUGAUAAAAGCACCAUGAUUUCACAUCUAACGAUUACCGGGGGUAAGGACUUUAGUUUCAGUGAAUAUGACAUACCUGGUAAAUGACAUGCAUCACUCGGGUCACACCCGCAAAAUUUAACUAUCACCCUCGACCAUCUCAUGACCUGCAUGGGUCAAACAAAAUCUCUUGCAUUCCGGCAACAUGACCCGCAAUCACCUGCCUCCGCACUCAUGUAAUGUGAUUAUCUGAAAUAGGAUACAUAAUGAUGUAUAAACCUUGACUCUCUGUUCACUGAUAUUGCUUUCUCGGGGCCAAAUGCUGUAUUCACUUCAAUUAAAAUCUAUAAUUGUAUCGAGUAUAUGGAGUAUAUACUGUAAAACUUUGUUAUAACGCCACUUGUUUCAUAUGGCACCUCACUUACCACUGACAUGUUUCAAUAUUAUGCCACUUGUUUCAUGUGGCACCUCACUUAACACUGACAUGUUUCAAUAUUAUACCACUUGUUUCAUGUGGCACCUCACUAACCACUGACAUGUUUCGAUAUAACGCCACUUGUUUCAUAUGGCACCUCAAUUACC